UAGUCUAUUAGCUUUCUAUAUAAAUAAGCAUGAUUACGAAUAACUUAAAAUAGAUUCAUUGGUCAGUGGCAGUGAGUAGUUCAAAUUGAUUAUCCUUGAUAGGACGACGAAUAGACGAAUGGAGGAAUAGAGAAAUCAGAACUACUCGUGUAUAUAUAUUUAAAAUUAAGGAAAAAAUCAUUUUAGAAUGCAUAGGAGGGUUGUAGUGACUGGCAUGGGAGUGCUUAGUCCCAUCGGCAAUAAUCUGCAGAAUUCAUGGAUGAAUAUUGUGAACAGCAAAAGUGGAAUAUCAAAAUUGGACUCCAAAUAUGAUGCCCUGCCAUGUAGAAUAGGUGGUGUUAUUAAGGAUGAUGAUGGGCAAAGGAUUAAACUAGAUAAGUACUUUAAGAAAACUGAACUAAGAUCCAUCAGUCCAGCUGCCUCAUAUGCACUCAUUGCGACAAAGGAAGCACUGGAAGAUGCUCAGCUAUUAAAUCUAGAUGAUAUGACCAAAGAAGUGACAGGAGUUGCUGUGGGAAUGGGUAUGGUAGAUCUGAAGGACAUAUGUGAUACCAACGAAGCUCUCCUCAAGAGCUAUAAUCAAGUGAGUCCCUUUUUCAUACCUAGGAUACUGGCAAACAUGGCUGCUGGUCAGAUCAGCAUAAAAUAUGGUUUCCGUGGACCAAAUCAUUCUGUUUCCACAGCAUGUGCAACAGGUGCACAUGCAAUAGGAGAUUCCUUCAGGUUCAUAAGGAAUGGUGAUGCUGACAUUAUGAUUUGUGGAGGCACAGAGGCUUGCAUAAGUCCACUGGCGAUAGCAGCGUUCUGCAGAUUGAGAGCAUUGAGCACAUCAUACAAUGAGAAUCCUGAAUUAGCUUCCAGGCCUUUUGACAAGUCAAGGGAAGGUUUUGUUAUGGGCGAAGGUAGUUCAAUAAUAGUUUUAGAAGACUUGGAGCAUGCGAAGAAUCGAAACGCGAAGAUCUACGGUGAAAUACUUGGAUAUGGUUUAUCCGGUGAUGCCUCCCAUUUAACAGCACCGAAGGCAGAUGGAACGGGUGCUCUGCUAGCGAUGCAGAGAGCUUUGAGAGAUGCUAAAAUGAAGCCUGAUGAGAUCGGUUACAUUAACGCACAUGCAACAUCGACACCCCUAGGAGAUUCAAUAGAAACCAAAGCAAUAAAGACGUUAUUCGGUUCAAGGAAUGUUGCCGUCUCAUCUACCAAAGGAGCACAUGGGCACCUUCUGGGUGCUGCAGGGAAUUUAGAAUCUGUCUUCACCAUAAAAGCUGUCCAGGAAGCGAUCCUGCCACCUACUUUAAACCUAGAUGAAGUCGAAGAUGAGGAAUUGAAUUAUGUACCCAAAGUAAGCCAAAAAUGGGAAAGCCAGAGCAGACGAGUGGCUUUAAAGAAUGCUUUCGGUUUUGGAGGCACAAACGCUUGUUUAUGUAUUGCACAGUAUGUUUAAAUAAAAAUUAAAUUUU